AUGAGUACAUUUCGUCCGAGUGGCUUCAAACCUGAAGAACUCAAAGUCUAUUGGAAUAUAGAACAAUUGGAAAAUCUUUGCCCAAAGGAAGGAGUACAAGAAAGUGUAGAACCGCCACACGAUCCGUCAGAUAUUGAUGCUAUCAAAAAUCUUCGUGAAUUUCCUGUUUCGACUCGAAAUCAUCGUGGUGUAAUUAAAUAUGUUAAUAAAGGAAUUGAACGUGCAGUUUUUGAUGUACCUGAACAAGCUCAAAUUAUUCUUUUAAAUUUUGCGAAUGAACAAUCACCAGGAGGUGGCUAUUUAAGAGGUGCCAGAGCACAAGAAGAAGUCAUUCUUUAUAAUUCUGAUGGUUAUCGAUCAUUACUUGAUCUUAAAUAUGGACGAAUGCAGAAUGGUUAUGCUAUACCAGAAUUUGGACUAGCUUAUGUUCGCGAUAUAUGCUUUUUCGAUGCAAACGAUGAACAAAAACAUCGCAAAGCUGAUAUGUUAGUUUCUGCAUGUUAUUGUGUGGGUUAUGAUCAGCUGUAUGAUAAUCCAAAAACUGAUGGGGAGUUGAAACAGAAUACUUUAUCUAAAUUUCGGGCAUUUAUGGCAGCAGCUGUUGCAAAUACUAUAGGUGAUGGUAAGAAUACAUAUCUCUUACUUGGUCCUAUUGGUACUGGUGCAUUCAGAAACGAAGUCGACGAUAUAGCUAAAGUUUUUCAUGAAGUACUCAACAUGAAAAUAAUGAAUUCAGAAGGACCUGUUCGUUUUGCUUUUGAAAAUAUUUGGUUUGUUUCAACAGACAAAUGGAAAAAUGAUGAAUUCAACAAGCUCAUACAUGAAGAUGAACUAGACAAUACCAAAGAUAAUUGA